AUGCGGCUCGCUCAGCCGGCGACGACCGGGACGCAGCAGCAGCCGGUGCAGGAGCGGGCUCGUCAGGCUCAGCAGGCUCAGCCGCAGCUUCGACCGCCCGCUCCGCCGCAGCCGCAGCCGGGCCCCGAGCAGCGCCCGCCGCCGGCGCAGCACGCUCCGCAGCAGCCGAGACCGACGCAAGCCGUCGCGCCAACGCAGCCGGCGGGCGUACUCGCCGCUCGGGCCCCGCCGCCGCCUCUCGCGUCGCGCAUCAAGCCCGAGCCGCCCUCCUCGCCCUCCAUCCCUUGUCCUUCGCUCGCACCCACACCUUCCUCGGCCCUACCUGCACCACCUGUCGACAUCAAGCCCCUCGUUGGACGGCUCGGCCCGCUCCCGCACGCCACGGCGGCCGGCGACGGCGGCGCACGCGCGUCGCCGUCGGCGGACGAGCUGCGCACGUUCAAGGAGCGCGCCGACGAGUUGCGCGCCGCCGAGGCGAGGGCAGCCGAGCUGAGGAGGCUCGAGGCGGCUGAGGCGGCCGAGGCCAAGGAGCGCGAGGAGCGGGCCGAGCGCGAGCGCCGCGAGAAGGAGCGUCGCGAGGCGGACGCACGGCGCGAGAAGGAGGAGCGUGACGAGGAGGAGCGUCAGGAGAAGGAGCGGCGCGAGGCGGCCGAGCGCGAGAAGGAGAAGCGGCGGGAGAAGGAGCGGAUCGAGAUGGAGCGGCUCGAGAGGGAGCUGCUCGAGAUGGAGCGGCGCAGGACGAACGAGAUGGUCGAGGCGGCACGGCGCGUCGCUGAGGAGCGCGCGGCGGCAGAAGCGCAGCAGCGCGCGCUCGAGGAGAAGCGCGAGGCUGAGCGGGUCGCUGCGGAGGAACGAGCGGCGGUCGAGGCGGCAGCGGCGGAGGACCAGCGCAGCAGGGCACUGCGCAUGGCGGAGGAGCGCGCUUUCGCUGAGCUGCGUGCGGCGGAAGCGGAGCUGCGCGAGGCAGAGGCGCGCGCAGCUGCUCGGCGAGCGAGCAAGGAGCGCGCUCGGGCCUCGGCCGAGGGCGCGCAGGGCGGGUCGUCGGCGGCGGCGGGCGCGCAGGGGGGACCGUACGAGGGAGACGACGGCCGAGGGGCUGGCGCGCGAGACCGAGCUGCGCCGAUUGGUGGCGGAGCGGGGCAGGAGGGCGAGGAUGGCGACCGCGUCAUGGACGAGGACGAUGAGGUUGAGCCUCGGACCACGACAAGGCCUCGCACGACCAGCGCGCCGACUUGGGACGCCGAGGUGCCGCCGCUUCAAGAACAAGCUCCGUACGAAUGGGCGCAGCCGGGCCCGAUCCCGUCUCUCGCCGCCAUCGUCGCCCGGCGCGAGGAGAUCUUCACCAAACAGCGCACCUUCAACGACCCCGAGCUGCAGCGCAAGUCGCAGGACCUCAUCGCGGCCAAGCUCGCCACCUACGCCCGCUCGGGCUCGUACAGCACCUUUGCGUACAAGGUCUCGGCGUACUGCUCGUUCUGCCGCGCCGUCGACAUCCCGCCCUGGCCCGCCACACCGCCCGUGUUGGCCCUGUUCGCCCACCAGGUCAGCUACUACGCGACAAGCUCCCGAGGCGUCCUCAUCGAGGCGUUCAACAUGAUCCACAAGGUGUGCCGCGACCUGUGGGGCCCGCUCCCGGCGUUCAAGGAGCUCCUCGAGUGGCCCGGCGCUCAAGCCGCCGUCCUCGAGUGGAAGAAGCAGUCUCCUACUACGCCCACAAGUGGCUCGCCCGCUCGCCAAGCUCAAGAACCAGCUCAAGCCGAGGGCGACAACGGCAAGGACGGCUCGGCUGCAGCCCCGGCCGAGAUCCCGCGAGGAAAGCGCGGCCGCACGAUCCCUCAAUACUUUUGCCCCGGCCUGCCCGCCGUCGGCGCCACUUUUCCCUCGAGCCUCGCGGCGCACGAGCAGAUCGCCGCGGCCAUGAUCCCCGUCUACGGCAACGGCCUCGACAUCGGCCGCCCGUCCAAGAUCAUGUGCAACCGCCAUGGCACCGGCUGCCCGAUGUGCAUCCACCUCGGCGGCGGCGGCGGGCGAUGGCGCGUCCUCGAGUCGAGCAACUUCUUCCACAACCACGAGCGCGACUCGAGGAUUGUCAAGGACCCGGCCUGGCGGCCCGUCAUCCGCAACUCGACGGUGAGGGAGGCCGUCGAGAAGCGCGACGUGGCUGCCGGCAUCCGCACCACGACCGUCAACCCGAAGAAGCGCGACGACAACCCUGGACCCGACCCGCCCGCGCCCAAGAAGCAGGCGCGAGCUCCACCCAGCACCUCCCUCCCUGAACGACCCGUCUUUCCGCCCUCAAGUCCUGCCAAGUCGGCAACAGCCGCAGCCCUUACAGCCCCGCAGCACGCCGGCUUCGCCCCCACGUCAACCUCAACGUCGACCGCGCCGUCAGUCGAGCCCGCCGUCCCUCCUUCCGCUCCUCCCGUUCCUCCCCCUCCACCACCUGCGCCGUCGACGGCCUCUCCCGCCCCGCCCGCUCCCGCCCGGCGCUCAGGCGUCACGCCGAGCUUCCACCUACCCGCACCCGACCCUGCCGCCUUCCUUGCCGACUUGACCUCCUUCCUCUCGGCGCUCGACCCCUCGCUCGCGCCUCUCGCCCAACCGCUCCACUCGGCCGGCAUCUCGACCCUGCGCGACCUGCGGGCCUUCGUCCAGUUCGAGCCGGCGACGCGCAUGGCCCUGUACGAGGACCUGCACACGUCGGGCGGCGACGCAGCCAUGCUCGACGUCGACGUCGUCGAGCGGCUCGAGAACGCGCUCGCGGCGGCGCAGGCCUCGGCAUGGCGCUGAGCGCGCCUCACCUUCCUCCCCUUCUCUUGAUUGUCCCUCGAGCAUGUCCCCCUUGUUGUACGCACGCGCAGGGCGUCCUCGAGGCGCCUCUGUGGCUGCCACGCUGUAUCGAAGUUGUCCGUUCCGUUCUCUCUCG